AUGAAAAAUGGAUCAGGGAAUACGAACACGAAGCUAAUCCUUGUUCAUCCUUACAUCCAAAAGCAAACAAGCACGACUCGUUUAUGGCUUCUUGCUUUUGUCUCUUUCUUCACCAUCGUUUUUCUGCUCACUCUCCUCUACACUAGAGACACUAUCCCUUCCAAAAAUACCUCCGUUGCUGCCGCCGUAGCCGCCGUCGUCACCGGAGGAUCAUCAUCUCCGACGAUGAUCUCUCACCCCAACUCCAACCUACCAACAAGUGUCAUCAACGCAUUGCUUCACUACGCUUCAAGAUCCAACGACAGUUUCCACAUGUCAUACGGAGAGAUGAAAUCAAUCUCCGACUUCCUCCGACGUUGCGCUCCGCCGUGUAAUCUCCUCGUCUUCGGACUCACACACGAAACCCUUCUAUGGAAAUCGCUAAACCACAAGGGCCGCACAGUCUUCGUCGAGGAGAACCGAUACUACGCGGCUUACUACGAAGAAAUCCACCCCGAGAUAGACGUUUUCGACGUUCAAUACACGACCAAAGCUCAAGAAGCCAGAGAGCUCGUCGCGGCCGCGAAAGAAGCGGCCGGAAACGAAUGUCGUCCCGUGCAGAAUCUCCUCUUCUCCGAUUGCAAAUUAGGUUUAAACGAUUUGCCUAACCACGUUUACGAUCUUGAUUGGGAUGUGAUUUUGGUGGAUGGGCCACGUGGCGAUGUUAACGAAGGACCGGGGAGGAUGUCGUCGAUUUUCACGGCGGCGGUUCUUGCUCGGAGCAAAAAAGGCGGGAAUCCGAAGACUCAUGUGUUUGUUCAUGAUUAUUACAGAGACGUUGAGAGGCUUUGUGGAGAUGAGUUCUUGUGUCGUGAGAAUCUUGUCGAGUCAAAUGAUUUGCUUGCGCACUACGUGUUGGAUAAGAUGGAUAAAAACAGCACCAAGUUUUGUAGUGAUCGUAAGAAACACUCUGUUUCUGCUUAG